AUGACGACCUCUGAUCUAAGUGUAUCGCUCGAACCUCAUCUAGUGCAUGCGCUACAACCGCUUGUGCCGCUACUCCCUGGUGCAACUGCCACCAAGCUGCGUGCGCUGCUCAAGGAUGUGACCAACUUAUCGCACGACGAACAAGGAGAACCUGGAUCUCUGCGAACCAAGACGAUUCCGUACGCCCUGCUUGCUUCCAUUUCGCAGUGGACGCGUUCCAGCGAUGGUCGCGCUGCCCUCGCGGGGCACGAGCCUCCAUUGGAUCCUCGUGCGUACGAGAUGAUCGCACUUCUCGCCGGCGCGCGCACCUCUCCCGACAAAACCUUUCCGAAGUUCGUCCCUAAGGAACGGGAAGAAAUGGAGCGGAUGAAACGUGCGACGAACGACAGGAAGGUCAUUACUGCCCUCUUGAACGCUCUUCUGAGCAUCCUUGGCUGCGGUUUCGCCACAUGGUAUGCUGCGCGAACGCUGCGGUGGCGAGAGGAAUGGAGAGUGCUGCUUGCGCUCCUCGUCGCCACAGUUGUGGCCAUUUCCGAGGCCGUCUUGUACAUCAUUUGGCAGGCACGCCGUAAUGGCAAACUUCGGCCUAUUGUACCACCCCAAACGACAGUUGUUGUGCAUAAAGAAGUCGAGGCGGACGUCACUCCACACGAGAAUAGUGAGCCGAUCCCUACAUUGGAGAAAGAGGCCACUCUCCGCCAGCGUAGAGUCAUUCUCGGGCCUCCAGAUGAUUCCAGCGAAUAG